CGGCGGCCGAGCGCGCAGUCGUCAAGGCGCCCCGCGGUCCUCGUUUUAUUCCCCCCCGUCCAGCCGGUGGAUCGCUCAGCCGCCUCGCUUGCGCCCUUCCCCCUCUACAACCGCCUCCAGCCCGAAGGGUCUCCGAUAAGCCACCGCCGAGCCUUUCGAAGCAGCCUCCACCCAACACAGAUCCGCCAUGGAUGAUGAUAUUGCAGCGCUCGUGGUCGACAACGGCUCCGGCAUGUGCAAAGCCGGCUUUGCAGGAGAUGACGCGCCCCGAGCCGUCUUCCCCUCCAUCGUGGGUCGCCCCAGACAUCAGGGUGUGAUGGUUGGGAUGGGCCAGAAAGACAGCUAUGUUGGAGACGAGGCGCAGAGCAAGAGAGGCAUCCUGACUCUCAAGUACCCCAUUGAGCAUGGCAUUGUCACCAACUGGGAUGACAUGGAGAAGAUUUGGCAUCACACUUUCUACAAUGAGCUCCGAGUCGCCCCGGAAGAGCAUCCUGUGCUGUUGACGGAAGCCCCCCUGAACCCCAAGGCCAACAGAGAGAAGAUGACCCAGAUCAUGUUUGAGACCUUCAACACCCCAGCCAUGUACGUUGCCAUCCAGGCUGUGCUCUCCCUGUACGCCUCUGGUCGUACCACCGGCAUUGUGAUGGACUCUGGGGAUGGUGUCACCCACACUGUGCCCAUCUAUGAAGGUUACGCCUUGCCCCAUGCCAUCCUCCGUCUGGACCUGGCUGGCCGCGACUUGACCGACUACCUCAUGAAGAUCUUGACCGAGAGAGGCUACAGCUUCACCACCACAGCUGAGCGAGAAAUUGUGCGUGACAUCAAGGAGAAGCUGUGCUACGUUGCCCUGGACUUUGAGCAAGAGAUGGCCACCGCCGCGUCCAGCUCCUCCCUGGAGAAGAGCUACGAGCUGCCCGAUGGACAGGUCAUCACCAUCGGCAACGAGCGGUUCAGGUGCCCAGAAGCUCUCUUCCAGCCAUCUUUCUUGGGCAUGGAAUCCUGCGGCAUCCAUGAAACCACCUUCAACUCCAUCAUGAAGUGUGACGUUGAUAUCCGUAAGGAUUUGUAUGCCAACACUGUCCUCUCUGGUGGCACCACCAUGUACCCUGGCAUCGCCGACCGGAUGCAGAAGGAAAUCACCGCGCUGGCACCCAGCACAAUGAAAAUCAAGAUCAUUGCCCCACCUGAGCGUAAAUAUUCCGUCUGGAUCGGAGGAUCCAUUCUGGCUUCUUUGUCUACCUUCCAGCAAAUGUGGAUCAGCAAGCAGGAAUACGAUGAAUCUGGACCAUCCAUUGUCCACCGCAAAUGCUUCUAAAAGCAGGACUCAGUUACCAGAAAUAGCAUUUUUUUUUCUCCUCUCUUUUUGACAAAAAAAUAAUAAUAAUUCUCUCUCUCCCCCCCACCCCCAUAACUUGCGCAUAAGCGAAAAAGUUUCGAGAUUUGGCAUGGCUUAUUUGUUUAUUUGGCGCUUGACUCAGGAUAUCAAAACUGGAACGGUGAGAAAAAGGUUUUGACGGUGGAAGCCUUUAUUAAAAAUAAAAAUGCAAAAAAAAAAAGUUUUGGAGUGAACACCUCCCCCCUCUCCGACCCCUCCCCACCGAUCUCCCCCCCCCCCCGCCCGCCCUACUCCCCAGUUCUGCAGUGCAUCCCAGGACUCCCGAGAUUGUAUGUGUGUUUCUCUUUUUUCUUUUUGAAAACAAUAGUCAUUCCAAAUAAUUGUAAAGCUCAUUGAGAAGGGAUUUAAACCAGCCUCUUGUGAAGCAGCCCAGCUAACAAAAGAUUUCCACGUUUGCUCAUUCUUUUUUUUUUAUAGAAAGUAUUAGCUUUUGUCUGUGACUCAUGAUUCAAGUGUCUCUUGUCUCUUGCGCCUUAAAACAAAACUUUUAAAAAAUAGCCACACUUGAUCCGUCAUCUUUUUUCCUUUUUAGAUUAUUUUGGGUCAGAUCCGAAAAAAAAAAUUAAAAAUAUAAACAGGCUGCGCUGUUUUUCUCUUCUUCCCAAUGGAACGUGUGAAGGGUUUUUACAGUCUUAUUUCUUCUCCCCCCACCCUUCUGUAUCUCCCUCUCCACUUCCCCAGAAGCAAAGCACCCAUUUGCACCCUUUUGAUGCCAGUAUGUGUAAGGGGUACCAGGGCAGAGGGGGAGGGGCAGGCAAAACUGUAUACACUGACUCGGAAAAAAGAAGAAAAUAAAACCCCAGUUUCAAAUAAAGAUGCACAACCAUAA